AUGGCCGACUCCGACCAGGAAAUGACCCCCGCUCCUACUCUUGAGCAGGCCCAGACAUCCUACCAAGCUGAGGCCGAACAAAACGCAGAAUCGGACAGGAGCGCAAGCAUGGACCUUGUGUCCUCCAGUCCAGAAGCUGAAGUCGAGCAAGGCCAGAAGUCCGAUCAAGAGGUUGAGGCCGAGCAGGGUCAGACAUCCGAUCAACCUGAAGCAGAACAGAACGCAGAAACGGAUAGGAGCGCAAGCAUGGACCUUGACUCUUCCAGUCCAGAAGCAAACUCGACAGCCAGGGAACAAACUCCGAGGCCCGAUGCAAGUCCACGGCCAGAGACUUCUAGUUCAGAGAGCGAGGCGGACCCAGACCGAGAUUACCCUGAGCACGCUCUUCCAGGGAAUACUCCCCCACAGGAUGUCCCACAGUAUAUCCCACAGAACCCUCACCAGGAUGCCCCCCAGGGUGCUCUGCCACUGGAUGGCCACCCGGAUGCUCUCCCUAUGGAUCCAGGGCCGUUGAACAUUUCUGAUUCAGACUCACCUCCAGUAAUUCCGAUUGAUCCCAAGUUAAAUCCCCCCAAGUGGGAUCCUGAUGUACCGAUCCCAUCUAUUGAGUCACCAGACGAUCCUUCUCGCCGGUCCUCUGUUCAGACCGAUGGCUCGGUAUUUGAUGACUCGGACCCUGGUCGAGAUACCACAGUUGCAACCACCGCUCCUCCAGAGUCCCCUACACCGCGACCUAUGCCACCGAUUGGACCAUUCGCGCCAAUAGCGCCGCGUCCUCUAGGGAUGCCACAUGAUCCUGAACCACCCACGCCACCGAUGAGACCAUUCGCACCGAUAACGCCGCGCCCACAUGAUCCUGAGCCAAAUACAUCGGACAUGGCUGAUCCUCAGAGAGAUGUAUCGUCGUCACUGCCGUCCUCGGAGCCUCCCCCAACAUCCAACGGACCAUUCUCCCCACCGCCGUACCCUCCAGGGACGAAUCCUCAGAUACCAGGCCUUACGCUGAGUGCCCCUGUGAACUCACACUCGACAACGGGUGGUGGGCAAACGAACGGACAACAACACCCUCGGGGGAACGAUAUCCCCACCAAUGGGGAGUCAUCGACGAAUAGGCAACAGCAACGACCUCAGAAUGGGGAGUCGUCGAACGGUAACCAGCAAGAAGGGAAUCCGUUCCCGAAUUCACAGCCAGGAGGCAAUGCUCGCCAAAACCAAGAGGUUGUACAUGUAACCCCACGCCACCCGCCGGUCGGCCAGGAGGUAGUGCGUAGGCUAUCCCAGAUCGCAGAAGACCAGGAUGAUAGUACUUCAGAUGGGACUACAUCUCCGGGCUACGUCCUUGCCCAAAACCCUAUGGAAGGGUCGUCGGCAAACGGGCUACCCGAGAACAAUGCUCAUCAAGAUGGGAACGCAUCCAAUGCUCAACCAGGCGAGGCGCCUGCGGUUCAGCAACCUCCUCGAGCGAAUGUUCAGCACAAUAGGGCUGUGCCUCGCGGGAGAGAGACUCGCUUCAUUGAACAUUUGGAUGAAAAUCCUCAAUGGGAUGGGAGAAACACGGAUCCACCUCCCAAUUCAGCAGCGCCCUCUCGUCAAGCGUCACCCGCAGAGGAGAAAGACUCAGAAGAAGAGCUGUGA